AUGUCCGGCGUCGGGGAGGCCAGCCUUGUACUUGGCAUCAUCUCGUCCAUAAUUACCCUCAUCGAUGCUACGAAACAAGUAUGGGAGGCCGUCGAGGACGAAUCGGGUCUCCCGCUAAAUUUCAAGAAGUCAGCGACAAAACUUCCUCUUAUCUUGAAGCUACUGGAAGACGCCGAAAGAUACAUCGAUAACACGAUAGACGAGUCAAUACACGCCGCUUUCACACCAACCUUGGAAGAUUGCAAAGUUCAAGCUACUCUAUUGCAGCAGCUAUUUGCAAAGGUUAUGCCAGAGGAGAGUGACUCCAGGUGGGAUCGUUAUGUAAAGGCCGCUCGAACGAUUGGGAAGGGUGGCCGUGUAGAGAGCUUAAUCAGGGCAAUUUUGGACGAUCUACAGCUCUUGGCGACGCAGUUUCCAGAAAGUACAACUUCGAGAGGCAAAGACCAGUUGGCAAAGGCAAUUGAUGAAGUGACCAAGAUGGAGCCUUCAUUGCCAGAGGGCUUCGAAGAAGGUCCUGCGUUUGCGCAUUACGGCAGUGGCGCGCAAAACGUCAAUACUGGAAAUGGGAGUCAGUUCAACAACAACAGCACUGGCAAUCAGAAUAACGGUCCAGGACAACAGUAUAUCGGCACCAAUCAUAUCGCCCGUCCCUCCUUGACUGUCGAUGAAAUAGAUCGACUUUGCCUGCACUUCUUGCGAUGUCCUGAUACGCUGCGGAUUAAAAGUAAACUAAAAGAGAACAAAGACAAAUUGCUCCAUAAAUCCAUCGAUUGGAUCCUUCAUAACUCACAGUACAUCAACUGGAAGGAAAGAGACGAUAUCGCUUUACUCUGGAUCAAGGGCGGCGCGGGCAAAGGAAAAACCAUGCUGUCUAUUGGUAUUAUUGAGCGUCUUUCACUUACGCAAGGCGACUCGUCCGUGGUGACUUACUUCUUCUGCCAAAACUCAGACUAUCAGCUCAACACGCUUGAAGCGAUAAUAAAAGGUCUGAUUUUGCGGCUAGUAAAGCAGCAAAAGGGCCUUAUGGAAUCCCUGCGAUGCCGCUGGGAUACUGCCAACGAGCGUUUUACCGAAGAUGUUACCUCAUGGCGAACACUGUGGGACAUUUUCAUGGAAAUGUUAGAACACUGCAGAUGCCAGAGAGUGUACAUUGUUGUGGAUGCUCUUGAUGAAUGCCAGAGCAAUGAAAUGGCUGGUUUCCUGAAGCGUCUUGUCCGAACGGGUCUCCAUGCGCCAUCUAAAGUCAAGUGGUUACUAACCAGUCGACCAUUAGAUACCGCUGAGCAGGAAUUGCUGGCUGGAUAUGAUCAACUGCUCGUCAGCUUAGAACUCAACUCGAAACACCUUUCUGAAGCUGUUAAGAAUUACAUUGCCUUCAAAACGGAUGAGCUUGGUCGUCGCCGCAGCUAUGGAGAACUAUUGCGGCGAAGGGUAGAAGAGGAGCUAACUGAGAAGUCUGAGGGCACGUACUUGUGGGUUAGUUUGGUGUGCCAGGCACUCGAGAGUGUUAGCCCGGACGAUGCGUUGGUCACAAUUCAAGAGUUGCCGUCGGGUCUGCCUCCUCUUUAUGAUCGGAUUCUCAGCCAGCUUUGUCAAGGCGACACAGCCAUUGUGAAGAGGUGUAUGCGGCUUCUCAGGGUCAUGAUGCUGGCAUAUCGACCUCUGAGUAUAGCCGAGUUUAGUGCUGUGACAGGACUGUCUGGCCAACAGGUUGUUAUUGAAGUAUUGGUCGACCGAUGUGCAUCCUUUGUGAGGAGGCGAGGACGAGACAUCGUAUUUGUUCAUCAAUCGGCUCGAGACUACCUAGCCGGAAAGAGUGGAGAGUCUAUAAUUGACUCCUAUGGAGUCUAUGGACAUGGUGAGAUUGCACUUAAUUGUUUGUCUUAUUUGAGCAAAAGGCUCAAGGUUAAUCUCGUUGAUCUGCCGCGAGCCGAUCUAACCAGGGAAUCAAUGACGAGAAAUGCGCUCAUAGACAGCGUAGACUAUGCAGCCAGCUUUUGGGCACAACAUCUCGAUAACGCCACACAAAAUACACUUAUACGAGCUGCUCUUACUGAACGAGGACUAGUCGGCGUAUUCUUGCACACAAAGUUGUUAGAGUGGCUAGAAUGUCUAAGUUUGCUGGACAAGCUCUCAAACGCUAUCGAGGCAUUGAAGACAUUGAAAGAUGCUGUGGAAGAUCCAUUCCUCUUAGCGCUUGUGGAAGAUGCGAUGCGUUUCUUGCCGCGGCACUACCGUACAAUAGUGAUAUGGCCAUUACAAGUAUACAGCUCUACGAUAAUCUUUAGUCCAGAGACAAGCAUCGUAAGGAGGAGCAAUCUCGACAAACUUCCUACGUGGCUCACAAGGCUCCCACGAAUAGACAAGUCGUGGGAUGCUUUAAUCCAAACACUCGAUAGCCACGCAAGCUCCGUGAUCAAGGCUGUGGCAUUUUCACCGGAUGGCAAACGGAUUGCUUCCGCUUCGUGGGACGGCUUUAACUUGAGGGAUUCCGUGACAGGAGACCUUCAAAAGAGGUUCUCAACGGAUGAAGUCAAUACCAUUGCAUUCUCACCAGACAGUAAGCAAAUUGUAUCGGGGUCAGAAGAUAAGACAAUCAAGUUAUGGGAUGCUCAAACAGGCGAAUUACAAAAGACACUUUUAAGCCACUCAGACGAGGUUAAUGCAAUAGCAUUCUCACCAGAUGGGAAGCAAAUUGCAUCGGGGUCAACAGAUAAGACAAUCAAGUUAUGGGAUGCUCAAACAGGCGACUUACAAAAGACACUUUUAAGCCACUCAGGCAAGGUUAAUGCAAUAGCAUUCUCGCCAAACGGGAAGCAAGUCGCGUCAGGCUCACAUGACGCAAAAAUUAUGCUAUGGGAUACUCAAACAGGUAAUCUACAAGGCACCCUUCAAAGCGACUCACACUGGGUCUUUGCAGUGGCAUAUUCACCAGAUGGCAAGCGAAUCGCAUCCGGAUCACGGAACGAAACAGUUCAGCUAUGGGAUAUUCAAACAAGAAACCUUCAAAUGACGCUCGCAGGCCAUCAAGGUUUUGUACACACUAUAGCUUUCUCACCAGAUGGCCGGCGGAUUGCUUCUGGAAGCCUUGACCGAAGGAUAAGGUUAUGGGAUACUCGGACAGGCUAUCUUGAAAAGUCGCUCGAAGGCCACACAAAUUGUGUUACGGCUAUAGCAUUCUCACCAGAUGGCAAGCGAAUAAUAUCCGGAUCACGAGACAAAACAAUCAAAGUUUGGGAUACUCAAAUGGGCCAUUCACAAAACACUCCUACAAGCCAUGCGCAGUCGGUUAGCGUUGUAGCAUUCUCACCAGACGGCAAGCAAAUUGCAUCGGGGUCAGAAGAUAAGACAAUCAGGUUAUGGGAUGCUCAAACAGGCGACUUACAAAAGACGCUAGGAGACCACCCUCAUGGUGUUACGGCCAUAGCAUUCUCACCAGACGGUAUGCAGAUCGCAUCUAUGAGCCAGUUCACGAUUAAGUUAUGGGAUGCUCAAACAGUCGACCUGCAAAAAACGCUUGUAGAUCGCAAAAUGCUUUCUAAAGCCAUAGCAUUCUCGCCAGAUGGAAAGCGGAUUGCAUUAGCCCUGUGGAAGUACAUCAAGUUAUGGGAUCCCAUAACAGGUGAUUUAGAAGAGCUUAAAGGCCAACGCGGACGGGUUACAGCGCUAAAAUUCUCCCCAGAUGGUCAAAGGCUUGUUGCAGUUUUAGGCCCAAAAGUUCUUACAAUAUGGGAUAUUCAAUCGGGCUAUUCACAAAUGAUUUCUACAGGUCACUCAAGCCAGAUUGAUGCCAUAGAAUUCAAGUCACACGGCGAGCAGAUUGCAUCCGAAUCAACAAACGGUGAAGUCAAGGUGUGGGAUUUGGAUGGAGGCUUCGAAGUCCCCAGGUCGGGCAAGUCUGUCAGGCAUGAAUUCAAGCCAUUGCAACGCCUCCACGCUUACAAUCAGUGGAUUCUCUAUGGCGAGAUGCCAGUACUUCGCUUACCGUUAGAUUUCGAGGUAACUUGUCAAGAUACAAGAGGCGACCACUUGGCUAUUGGCUGUCGUAGUGGUCAUGUUUUUAUAUUGGACAUUGAUCGAAUGAACCUGAGUGCAGUGAUUAGGGACUCCUUAUAA